UUUUGGAGCAAAAUAUUUUUUUUUAUUUUUAUUCUGGGCGAGUGUUUAGCUUUCAGUGUUUAAAAAUGGCUGUACCGUCUGCUUCGUUGUCAACGCGAAAUAAAAAACAUUUUCUCGGUGUACCAGCACCAUUAGGAUAUGUCGCUGGUGUUGGGAGAGGAGCUACUGGAUUUACUACACGAUCGGAUAUUGGACCUGCUCGUGAUGCCAAUGAUGUUUCAGAUGAUCGACACGCUCCUCCAACAAAACGAGCUAAAAAGAAAGAAGAAGAGGAAGAGGAUGAAGAGGAUCUCAAUGAUUCAAAUUAUGACGAGUUUUCUGGAUAUGGUGGAUCACUUUUCAGUAAAGAUCCAUAUGACAAAGAUGACGAAGAAGCUGAUGCUAUAUAUGAAGCUAUCGACAAGCGAAUGGACGAGAAACGUAAAGAAUAUCGUGAAAAACGACUGAGAGAAGAGUUGGAACGUUACCGUCAAGAACGUCCUAAAAUCCAGCAGCAGUUUUCAGAUUUAAAACGAGAAUUGAUAAAUGUCUCUGAGGAUGAAUGGAAAAAUGUACCAGAAGUUGGAGAUGCAAGAAAUAGGAAACAGAGGAAUCCAAGAGCUGAAAAGUUCACACCUUUGCCAGAUUCGGUAUUGGCGCGAAAUUUAGGUGGAGAGUCUGCGACUAGUAUUGAUCCAUCAAGUGGUCUGGCUUCGAUGAUGCCGGGUGUGGCGACGCCAGGGAUGUUGACACCUACCGGAGAUCUAGAUCUUCGAAAAAUUGGUCAAGCGAGAAAUACAUUGAUGAAUGUUAAAUUGAAUCAAGUGUCAGAUUCCGUGGAAGGACAAACAGUGGUAGAUCCAAAGGGAUAUUUAACAGAUUUACAGAGCAUGAUUCCUAGUUAUGGUGGAGAUAUAAAUGAUAUCAAGAAAGCUAGACUUCUUCUUAAAUCUAUUCGUGAAACAAAUCCUAAUCAUCCACCCGCUUGGAUCGCGUCAGCUCGUCUCGAAGAAGUUACAGGUAAAGUUCAAGCAGCUCGUAAUUUAAUAAUGAAAGGCUGUGAAAUAAAUCCAACAUCCGAAGACUUGUGGCUGGAAGCAGCUCGUCUUCAACCACCAGACACAGCCAAAGCUGUAAUAGCGCAGUCGGUUAGACAUAUUCCCACGUCUGUAAGAAUUUGGAUUAAAGCUGCGGAUCUUGAAACAGAAACCAAGGCCAAGAGAAAAGUUUACAGAAAAGCUUUAGAAAAUAUACCUAAUUCUGUGAGACUUUGGAAGGCUGCGGUGGAACUUGAAGAACCUGAAGAUGCACGUAUUUUACUGAGUCGAGCUGUCGAAUGUUGUCCGACUAGCGUAGAUCUUUGGCUGGCUCUGGCACGUCUUGAGACUUACGAAAAUGCCCGUAAAGUACUAAACAAAGCUAGAGAAAAUAUUCCAACUGAUAGACAGAUUUGGACGACAGCCGCUAAACUAGAAGAAGCCAAUGGCCACAUUCAAAUGGUUGACAAAAUUAUUCAACGUGCUAUCGAGUCACUGAGAGCUAAUGGCGUGGAAAUAAAUCGCGAUCACUGGUUCAAAGAAGCUAUAGAAGCCGAAAAAUCUGGAGCAAUACACUGCUGUCAGGUUAUUAUUCAGUAUGUAAUUGAUUGCAACGUCGAAGAGGAAGAUAGAAAGCAUACUUGGAUGGAGGAUGCUGAGAUGUGUGCUCAACAGGGUGCAUUGGCGUGUGCAAGAGCUGUUUAUUCUCACGCAAUUAGUCACUUCAAGUCUAAGAAAUCUAUUUGGCUGAGAGCUGCUCACUUUGAAAGAAAUUACGGUACAAGAGAGACACUGGAAGAUUUAUUGCAACGAGCGGUUAAACAUUGUCCGCAAAAUGAAAUGCUGUGGCUGAUGGGUGCUAAGUCAAAAUGGAUGGCCAACGAUGUGGCAUCCGCCAGAGAGAUUCUGUCUUUAGCUUUCCAGGCCAAUCCUAAUUCCGAGCAAAUUUGGUUGGCUGCUGUUAAGCUUGAAUCAGAAAACGCUGAAUACGAGAGAGCGCGACAUAUUCUUGGAAAAGCUCGUGCUCAAUGUUCUACUCGUAAGGUUGUUAUGAAGAGCGCCAAGUUAGAAUGGUGUCUUAAUAAUUUGGAUAAAGCGCUUCAGCUUUUAAACGAAGGUCUAAAAGAAUUUGAUGAUUUCCCCAAAUUAUGGUUGAUGAAAGGACAAAUUGAAGAGCAGCUUGGUCAGUUGGACAAAGCUCUGGAAACUUACAAUCUUGCUAUCAAAAAAUGUCCUCAGUCAGUUCCACUUUGGAGACUAUUGGCUGACUUGGAGCGUCGCAAGAAUCAUAUCACCAAGGCGAGAUCUGUUUUGGAGAAGGCACGUUUGAAGAAUCCAAAGAAUCCUGAGUUAUGGUUAGAGGCUGUUAGAAAUGAAAUGAAGUCAGGUGGUAUCAGAGAUAUGGCUUACACUUUAAUGGCUAAAGCUUUACAAGAAUGUCCUAAUUCUGGAUUAUUAUGGGCAGAAGCAAUCUUUAUGGAACCAAGACCUCAAAGGAAGACCAAGAGUGUGGAUGCUUUGAAGAAAUGUGAACAUGAUCCUCAUGUUCUUCUUGCAGUUUCAAAACUCUUCUGGUGUGAACAUAAACUGACUAAAUGUCGCGAGUGGUUCAAUAGGACAGUAAAAAUUGAACCGAAGUUAGGAGAUGCAUGGGCAUAUUUUUACAAAUUUGAAAUGGCAAAUGGAACACCCGAGCAGCUAGAAGAUGUGAAGAAACGAGCUAUUGCUGCAGAACCAAGUCACGGAGAAAAUUGGUGUAAAGUCUCGAAAGAUAUAAAAAAUUGGUGUCUGAGUAUUGAGCAAAUUUUAGUAAUUGUCGCUAAAGAUUUACCAACGCCUAUCUAAUUAACUUAAAAUUUAUUUUAUAAUGAUGAUAAAUAAUAAAUAUUAAUAAUAAUAAACUGUACAUUCUGUUAAAAUCAAUGUGAAAUUUUAAGUUUAGCUGUAAGUUUAAAAGUAAUUCAUAAUUCAAGAAGGGUGUGUUUGGGUAGUUUUAAUGUAAAUAGUUAUUUUCAUGAAACGCAAAAGUUGUGAAAGCGAUGGCUGGGUCUCGUUUCGUACACGGAAAAAAUGAAACACGACUGGUUAAAGUGCUACACAAGAAUGAGCGAAAAUAUAUAAAAAAAAGUUCUUAGCACAUUACUAGAUCAUGUGAUAAUAAGAAUGAGUCGUCUUUACAUAUGACUGAGUAUCUUUCAACACAGUAACCAUUCCUAUGUUGCACAUUACACUGAAAACACGAGUGAUUCUCAUGUUCACAGUCGCUGUUAGCUUUUAGGACAAUAGAGAUUCCCGUGAGCAGAAGAACUCUUACUAUAAAAUAAGUAUGAGUACUGCGCAAGCGUACGAAUGAGUCACCUGACAAACGUUUCUCAUUCUCGUGCAGCACAGUAAUCAUUCCUGUGCUAAAUGAGAACUGUCCCUGUGGAUCACAUUGUAAUAGUAGUAAAAAAACGAAACUUAUUUCAUUUAUGGCGAUGCGGAUUCUGUUAUUUCUGUGAAAUGACCAUUCGGAAAACAUUCGUUUAUACGAAACGAGACCCAGCCGAAGCGAUGACCGAGCGAGAUAGCGAAUAGGGGGAACUGGGAGAGUGAGUUUGAUUUUGAUUUGAUGCUGCGCCAGUAGUAUAUAUGUGUGAUAUAGUAAUUAUGUGUGUUAAAAACGAUACAAUCAAAUAUGUUUGAUUAAUAUUUGUUAUUAAUUUAUUAACCCAGUGCGUUUUAAAUUAAGUAAUUAAUAUAAUUCUUAAUAAAAAAUAAAUAUGACUGCUCGUUGAAGUAUUAGCACUGUUAUGCAGUAGACAAUAGUGCUUAACCUCAAAAUAGCCUUAAUAAUGCUAUUUACUGCUUGAGUAACCAAUAAAUUAA